UAUGAUUGCAAUAAAAAUAAAGAAAGAACAAUAAAUCUAAUAGAAUGCUGUAAAUAAUCAAGACAUAAGUAUUAUUAUUUAAUUUAUCAUAAGCUUAAACUGGUGCUUGGAAAAGAGCUUUAAGUGAUUAAUAAGAAUUUAAUGAUGCUUUUCCUCCUGAUUUAAAAAACCUUAGAAUCUAUUUUCCAGACAACAAAAAUAUACUUUAUUUCGAAGUUGAAGUGAGACCAGAUCAUAGCUUUUGGGCUGGUGGGUUGAUUGUAUUUACUGUAUCAAUCUCUCUAGAUUAUCCUAUGACCCCUCCUAAAGUCUUAUGCAAGAAGGUAUAUUUUUAAAUGAAGUUUUUAUAGAAAAUAUUCCAUCCAAAUAUAGAUUUGGAAGGCAAAGUUUGUUUGAACAUUCUGAGAGAAGAUUGGAGACCUGUUAGUAGUUUGAAAGAUGUAAUUUUCGGAUUAUAGAUGUUGUUUACAUAAUUAACAAAUCCAACUGAUCCAUUAAAUAAAGAAGCAGCUGAAUUGAUGCUUAAAGAUUAAGCAUAAUUUGCAUAAGUUGUGAAAUCUACAAUGAAGGGAGGAUCAUAUAAUGGAGUAUUAUUUGAGAAAAUCGCAUGAU